AUGCAGCAAGCUUGGCGUGAAAAGGUUACACUUGUGCAAAUCAUAAUAUUGCUGUGUGCCGCUGUAGGUUUUUUAACUUUUGGUUUCAAUGCUACUGUCUGUGGUAUUCAGCCAAACCGCAUACGUCCAACUGGCGUUGAAGAGCAUCAUGUGAUUAUCCAUGGCCGAGCAUUUGAUCUCAAUACAUUUCGGCAUCCAACACCAUUUCCUGAUAUUCCUGCCAGUGGUGAUCUUCAGGAACUAGGUGUAGGUGGUCAUGAUUUGUCAUUCAUGUUCCAGACAGUUAAUUAUAACUGCAAAGGAAUAUUCAACCCUAUACAGCCAGAUGAUGAGCACGGUAACGUAGUGAACUACUUUCCAUGUGUAGCGUUGAAUCGAUACAAUCCCGAUUUGAAUGCGACCGAUAACCCAGGGCGCCAAGGAUGUCAUAUCAGUAAGAAAGCAAGAUUAGCCAUCCGUCGAUUGGACGUAGUAGGGGAUGUAUACUAUAAUUGGACAGAUAUUCAGAAACCAGGAACAAGUUUAGUAGCUUUCAAUGGUAAUGUAUUGGAUUUAUCAAGACUACGUUAUUUGACACCCAAUAUCCCUCUUCCUGCGCAGGUAGCUCAAAUUGUUGGCCCUGGAAGUGCUUUCAUUGGCCGUGAUGCCACCUAUUGGCUCAGCACAACAUCUGAUAGGUUACAGAUUGGUAAAUGUCUUACUGAUAUCCUUAAAGUAGGCGUUGUCGAUACAAGAUCCACAGGUUGUAUUAUUUCCGAUAUUGUUCUAUGGAUUUCAUUAGCCGUCAUUCUCGGCGUUGUCUUUAUCCGUUUCUUCUUGGCACUUAUCUUUGGUUGGUUUGUUUCUGGGAAGCUUGGUAGUAUACGUGAAGAGACCGAUGAAGAUCGACGAAGACGACGAGAAAAAGUGUUGGAAUGGGAAAUGAAUAAUGUUGAACAAAUGCAUUAUCGCGAUCAAAGCAAUAUCUCCAUAGUACCACCAGCUGCUUCUAGUGCUGUUUUCAACCAAACAAAACCAGCAAAUUCGAAAAAUGGAACAACAACCGCAUCACCUCAGCAGAAAUAUAACAAACCUAAACGUCGUUUCUUCCCUACCACUUCGCGGUUUACCCAACCCAAUACGUCUCGAACUUUAUAUCAGAGCCCGUCUCGUUCGUUUGGUCUGACGGUUGAAGAUGGAGGAUCACCCAAUAUAUCUCAAUUCCGCACACGCUACGAUGAUGGUCAACACGCCCUUUCUCUUUCUUUUCGGCAAGCUCAACAAGCAAAACUUCAAGCCGCCAAAGAGCAGUAUAAAUUUAAUUUUGACUUGAUUCAUACUUUUAUGGUUGUUACUUGCUAUUCAGAAGGAGAAGAAGGAUUACGUACUACCUUAGACUCACUUGCGAACACCGAUUAUCCAGCUACUCAUAAAAUGCUUAUAGUAGUGUGCGAUGGUAUUAUAACAGGCUCUGGCAAUGGUAUAUCUACACCUGACAUUGUUCUUUCCAUGAUGAAGGAUGAUGUAGUUCCGCGCGAGCAAGUACAACCCUCCUCAUAUGUAGCUAUUGCUGAUGGUAGUAAGCGGCAUAAUAUGGCUAAAGUUUAUGCUGGAUAUUACAAGUAUAAUGAAGAUACUUCUAAAAUGCCUGAAGUGAUACCGGAAGAUCAACAGCAACGGGUACCCAUGAUUGUUGUGGUCAAGUGUGGCACAGACGCCGAACGUAGUGAUAUAAAACCAGGCAAUCGUGGUAAACGAGAUAGUCAAGUUAUUCUAAUGAACGCAAUGCAGAAAGUGUACUAUGCCGAGCGUAUGUGUGAUUUAGAGUAUCAGUUUUGUAAAGCAGUCUUCAAAUUGAGUGGCGUUCAUCCCUCAGAAUUCGAGACUUGUUUGAUGGUUGAUGCAGACACAAAAGUUUAUCCAGACUCUUUAGCUCGAAUGGUGGCGUGCAUGUCGAGAGACCCAUCAAUUAUGGGAUUGUGUGGUGAAACGAAGAUUGCUAAUAAAAGCGAUUCAUGGAUUACUGCCAUUCAAGUGUUCGAGUAUUACAUCUCACACCAUAUGAGCAAAGCCUUUGAAUCUAUUUUCGGCGGUGUCACUUGCUUACCUGGUUGCUUCUGUAUGUAUCGCAUUCUUGCCCCAAAAGCCGGUAAAAAGGUUCCUAUCUUUUGCGCCCAGGAUAUUGUUGAGAAAUACUGUGAAAAUGUCGUGGAUAGCCUGCAUAAAAAGAAUCUUUUACUGCUGGGUGAAGAUAGAUAUUUAACCACACUCAUGUUACGGACGUUUCCUAAAAGGAAAAUGAUGUUUGUACCUCAAGCAGUCUGCAAAACCGUUGUACCGGAUACUUUCAAAGUUCUUUUAUCCCAAAGAAGACGCUGGAUCAACUCUACUGUUCACAAUUUACUUGAGCUUGUAUUGAUUCGCGACUUGUGCGGUACAUUCUGUUUCUCUAUGCAAUUUGUUGUUUUCAUGGAACUUGUCGGCACCGUCGUUCUCCCUGCUGCCAUAUCUUUCACUCUCUACCUGAUCAUCAUUUCCUUUUUUGUCAAGCCUAUUCCGCUAAUCCCAUUGCUGCUGCUUGCUGUUAUUUUGGGUUUGCCGGCUGUACUGAUUGCCAUUACUACUUUCAAGAUGAUCUACGUUAUGUGGAUGUUUAUUUAUUUGCUCUCACUACCUAUUUGGAACUUUGUUCUACCCGCUUAUGCUUAUUGGCAUUUUGAUGAUUUCUCUUGGGGACAAACUCGUGUAGUUGAAGGACAAUCGGACAAAGGAGAAGAUCAUGGACGUCGCGAAGGUGAAUUCGAUAGCAGUGGUAUCGUCAUGCAUAGAUUUGAAGAAUGGGUCAGGCUUGAGAGCACAAUGCUCAUAGAGGCAAGAAUGGCAGCUUCAAACAUGAUGAUUGACAAUCAAAGAGCUCCUUCUUAUGCUCGCUAG